AUGUCCUCCACUAGUAGCGAUAGACCAUAUGAUCCUCUAGCGCCCGAGAAUGAGGGCGUUGCUUCGUCAGAUGUGGAGAGCACCGACAGUGGGGAAAUAAGAAGUUAUGGUCCUGAGGAAGUCUUGAAGAAUGGCUCACAGAUUAAAGAUAAAGGACCCGCUCUAUCGAAAAACUCCACCCAAACAUCAGCUGUUGAGUCAGCAGUCGCAGCAAACAGGCGGUUAUCCAAGAUUUUGACUAAUACUGUAGAUGAACCGGAUGUGCUUGAAGUAGAUUACUCCAAAUGUCCCCCCAUGGGGGGAGGAAGACCAUUUCCUCCUACAUUACCAGAGAAAACUCAGUUUGAAGUUACAUUCGAUGGCCCUAAUGAUCCUUUACACCCUUUUAAUUGGCCCCUACGAAAGAAAGUUAUGCUAUGUAUCAUCCUGUGUUUGAAUUGUAUUAGUAUAACGAUGGGCUCAUCCAUCUUCGCUACCGGUAUUCGACAAAUAUGUGAAAUUUAUCAUGUGAUUCCAGUGGUAGCAAUUUUAGGAAUUACCUUAUACGUUCUUGGUUUUGCUGCUUCGCCAGUUAUCUAUGCACCAUUGUCGGAAAUUUACGGAAGAAGAGGUGUCCUAGUGAUAUCCUCCUUCGGGUUCGCUCUUUUUAACUUCGCUGUCGCAACAGCAAAGGAUCUGCAGACAAUCAUGAUUUGCAGAUUUUUUGCAGGUUUUAUCGGAGCCGCUCCUCUAGCGGUCGUGCCUGCGGCGUUUGCAGAUAUGUUUGAUACGAACAUCAGAGGUAAAGCUAUCUGUUUAUUCUCACUGGGUGUUUUCGUUGGUCCAAUCUUAGCGCCAGUGAUCGGUUCAUACAUUACUCAACACACAACAUGGAGAUGGUUAGAAUAUGUCAUUGCCUGCUUUGCCUCUGCGAUUUUUGUUGCAAUUUUGUUUUUCUUUGAAGAAUCCCACCACCCUUCGAUUUUAGUCGGCAAGGCCAAGGAACUACGUAAACUCACAGGCAACUGGGGUAUUCAUGCCGCUCAUGAAGAUGUGGAAUUGUCCGUCAAGGAGAUUGCAGAAAAGACUAUCACGAGACCAAUCAUUAUGUUAUUCACUGAACCACUACUGUUAAUUGUUACUAUCUACAACUCCUUUGUGUAUGGUAUUCUUUACUUGUUACUGGAGGCAUAUCCGAUUGUCUUUGAACAAGGCUAUGGAUUCCACACUAAUGGUGAACUACCUUAUAUCUCUUUAAUUAUUGGUAUGGCAAUUUGUGGUGCAUUUAUCUGGUGGAUGGAUGAAGACUAUUUGAGAAGAUAUAGAAAGAAAGGUGGUCUAGUGCCAGAAGCAAGACUGCUACCAAUGGUCGUUGCAGGUAUUGUGUUCCCUAUUGGUAUUCUAUGGUUUUGUUGGACUGGUAAUUACCCUCACAAAAUACACUGGAUUGUUCCAACCAUUGCAGGUGCAUUUACAGGGUUUGGUCUGAUUGGUAUUUUCUUACCAUGUUUGAACUAUAUCAUUGAGUCAUACUUAUUAAUUGCAGCAUCUGCUGUUGCUGCAAACACCUUUAUGAGAUCUGGUUUCGGUGCUGCAUUCCCACUAUUUGCAGGUUAUAUGUUUAACGGUAUGGGUGUCAAUUAUGCAGGUCUAUUACUAGGUCUCUUAGCUGUGGCCAUGAUACCAGUCCCAUUGCUGUUCCUAAAGUACGGUCCAGGAAUUAGAAAGAGAUCAAAGUACGCAUAUUCGUUAUAA